AUGACGGACAAUCGUGAUUCCGUGUCUGUUCCGAGCUGGGACGGUGCAGCGAGAGGCUGGCGCCGCUAUACUCGGGAAGUGUCCUGGUGGGUACAAGCCACACCCAUCGGGAAGAGGCGCUACUGUGCCUCGAAGCUGAUAAGCAAGCUGACGGGACCAGCGAGGCUGUUGGCGAUGAGCUGGUCAGUUUCGAAAGGCACCUUUGAUGAUCCAGAUGGCACUCGCCUACUGCUGCAGCGGCUCUCGGCCUCGCCCUUGGUGCGUAAGACCUUGCCGAAUGCCGCAGCGAUCUGUCAGCAGUACUUCUCAUUUAAGAGAAGCCCUCAGGAGUCCAUCGGGAACUUCCUUGUCCGGGAGACCUUGGUCCACGAGGAGUUUGUGGAGGCGAUCAUCAGGUUGCACGAGGAGAAGCUUGGGAUCUCUCAAGAGCAGAGAGACUUCGGGCUACCGGACUCCGUCGAGGAGGAGACGUGGCUGCCUUGGUGGGAGUGGCCUGCCGAGGCCGAUGAUGAAGGACCAGGAAGCCCUCCGGAUGAUGGUGCUACAGCAGAUGCCGGGACUACUACGACUCCUACCGCGGCAGCACCCACGAGGGCAACCCCGGGAUCCUCACCGAGCCACCGUGGAGAUGGAGCAGCUGAAGCGGUGGACGAGAAGAAAUCCUCCGUCGCCGAUGGUGCCAUCGACGAGCUCUCGGUGGCGGACAGCUUUAUAAUGGGCGUCUUGAGAGGCUGGCGCCUGCUCCAGGCGGCAGGCCUCACGGCGGAGGAGAAGCGGGACAUCUUGUCGACGACGAAGAACAGCCUGGACUACGACACCGUCGCCUCUGCGCUUCAGAGCCUGUGGGACGAACAGCUCCUUGGACACCGCGGGACCUCGGGGACCUCCGGUUUCCACUUGAACCAUGUUGGCCAGGAGGACCACCACGAUGGCUACUACGGCCACCUUGAUGAGGGCGAGGACUGGAGUUGGAACCAGCCUGAGGAUGACGGUUGGUACGACACCUACUACUCCCACGAGGACCCUUCGUGGUGGGGCUGGGAUGAAGAUGGACAUGUGGAACCUUCGAACAAUCUCGCGGAGGCCGAGACCGAGGACCCAGCGCUCAAGGAGGCCCAACAGGCCGAACAGGUGGCGGAAGCGCUGGCCAUGGAGGCCCAACGCACUUGGAGUCAAGCGCAGAAGGCCACACAGGCCUUGAGGAAGGAUCGCGGAUUUGGAGCCGUCACCGGACGGCCACAACCCAACGAUGGACGAUGCUUCUCGUGCGGAGGACCACAUCUUCUACGUGACUGUCCGGACCUACGGUUUCGCAAGGGCAAGGGCAAAAAGGGCUACUGGAGCGAGAUCGACGACUACUACGCCAACUACACGGGCUUCGGCAAGUCCAAGGGGAAAGGAAAGAGCAAGAAGGGGCACUGGAUGGAUGUCCAGGGUCUGUGGAAGGGAAAGGGCAAGGGACCCAAGGGGAAGACCAAGGACGGCUACCGCACCGUCAACGCCUACUCCUCAGAGAUGUUCCUUGGUGGCCUUGAGGUGAUACACAAUAUGGACCUGGCCGCAUCGUCGAUCCCUACUACCUCUUCCACGGAGCCGCAGCUUGGAAUGCUAGACUGCGGAGCGACCGCAUCCGCGGCACCAGAAGCUGUGGUCAAAGGCCUCAUCAGCUCAGUUCUUUCGAUUGACCGAGGAGCCCGCAUCGACAUCGAUCAAUACUCUCAGCCCUUCUUCAGGUUUGGUAAUGGUAAGUGGGGAAAAGCACUGUGUCGAGUUCAUAUCAGCAGUACAUCCUCAGGUCGUGAACGACAAUUCUCGUUGUACACGUUACCGAACCCUGCUGAGUACUUUCAGAGCAAGCUGGAUAAAGCAUCUUUGGUUCCCGUGUUGAUCGGCAUGGACUUCUUGGGACCCAGAGGCCAAGGCAUGAUGAUUGACUUCAACACAGGCCUCGCGAUGUUUACAAAAACCAGCGAACCUCGACCUCCAGUACAACAACUCCAGAUGACCUCAAAAGGGCACUACGUUCUCAACCUUGCCACGUACCUAACUGGAGGUAGGGAAAGCCCGGGACACCCUCAAGUAGUUGUACGAAAGAAAACUACCUUCAGCCCCGAUGUAGACUACAAGUUCCUCGAAUUAGGGACCGUGUACUUCGACAUGUCUGCCAGUGACCAUGUGAUGCCGAUCAUGACUGCUGUGUCAUCUGAUUCCAUGUCUGAGUCGCUUGCAAACAUGUACCGGCUGCUUGAUCACUCCCGACAACUUGUCAUGUCGAGCCCGCGUGUGCCGACCACCCAAGAGGAAAUCUUCGUGGCCGAGAUCAAGCAGAAGACCCCGAAGGCCAAGGCCAAGGCGCUACCCCUCGACUAUGCUCGCCGCGUCAAGGGGGACAAUCGCGACCCUCGUGCGUCAAGCAGUCAAUGGCCGUGCUUCAACCGGCAUGUGGCCGACUACCCGAAGGCAAAUGCUCACGGUCGCUGGACCCACUGCUGCGUGUGCAAUCUUCGCCUGGAGUACGUUCCCCGCCAGGGGAGCCACGGCCAGACAACUCAGAACCAGAAUCCGGCCAUGGUCAAAAGGAUGCUGACGCAGCUGGAACCUCUGAUGGGGAAGACGAAGCCUACGGCAGCAAUAUGCUUGGCCAUGCAGCGGAAGAUCGACGCAGAGGAGCAGCUGAUGCACAUGAUCAACGAGCAGAAGACCAACCCGACCUUCACGACGGCACCUGCUCCUCAGACGGGGAGUCCGGGAGAGUCCUCCAACAGCAGUUGGCAGAUGACGGGCGACACGGAGGACACCAACCUGGCAAUGGCGUACGAGGCCGACGGUUACCAGGGGCAACAGUGA